AUGAGUGCGAAAACCAACCAUUGCACCAAAGGCUUCUGGUCCUCAUAUUUCAAGUACCUACAGGUAUUUCUCCGUGAAGAACUAUCUGCAACUCCUUACAGCUUAAGUGUGUGUCCUCUGUCAACUUGCCUUGCAAUUGGAUACGAAAGCGCUGUCAAAGUCUUCAAUAUAGUUCUCGAUGUUUUGGUCGAAACGAAACGUUUCGAUGUGACAGCUCCUUCUCAAGUGUCCUUUGCUCCUGGAGGCCAUCUCCUUGCUUACACGGAUGGCAACAUCAUCCAUCUCUGCUACAACAUAGGGUUCAAGGAAUUAACGACGCUUCAUACGCACGUCGGCAAAGUGCACAUUCUUCUAUGGAGAAAUAACAACCACUUGCUGUCCUCAGAUGAAGAAGGGACUAUCUAUGAAUGGAACAUCCCUCGUAAGCAGUCUUUGUGGAGCUUGUCAGUCCCAGAUGUCAUUCACACGUGCAUCACCUCUCCUCUCAAAGGUGAAGAUCUAUACGCAGCAGGUGGCGAUAGCACAAUAAGGCGUAUUAAAGUUGGAGCUGUGCUCAACAGCUACUCACUAAAUGUUACUGGAAUAUCGGCGAUGUCAGCGAUUGAGCAUUGGCUUCUAGUGGGAACUGAAGAUGGAAAAAUCUUGGGAGUGAACCUCUCUUUGAGUGCAACCAAUUUUCAAUUACAGUGUCAAACUGGGCGCAUCAUUCAUUUUGCUGUUCUACCCGAUAUCAAAUCAAUCAUGGCAGUCGACGAGCACGGCAUCGCGAGCACGUGGAGUUUCCAAAACGAGAAAAGAAGAGAAUCCCUUCCUUCUCGAGCGGAAGUUUUGAUUGAUCUAGACAAGCAAAAAGAAUACAUUCAGUGCGUGGAAAAUUUGGAGGAAGAGCUCAUGCGCUGCACCCAAAGGACGGACGCCAGCCGAGAGCAGCAGAGAAAGAAACUGGAGGAGGUGCAAGUGGAGGCGUCAGAAAAGUACAGAAGAAUUGAAGACUCACUAAGAGUUACUGCUGAAAAACUUAAAGAAGAGUUAGAAGAAAUCAGAAGAUCUUUAGAAGAGAAUUACUUGAAUAUGAAACGGAGCAUUGAAUCGGAAAUAGAAGACAAUAAAAAGGACUUCCAUAAGAAAAUGUCGGAGGAGGCAAUGAACCUGCAGCGGGAGAAGGAAGAAAGAGCCCGCAUUGAACAAGAGUUCGAGGACACCGUAUCCCAGAGGAUAAAAGAGAAGAAAAUGGUCCUCGAGGACUUCCAGACCAAGUACUCUCGCCAUAUGGAGCAGCUUCAGGUGCUAAAGGAUCUACUGGAUAAGGAGAAAGCAAUCACGUCUGAGGUUAAAAAAGAAUGCGAGAAUUUCAAUCGAUCAAACGAGAAGGAAGAGCAGGACGUGCCUCAAACUCUGGUCGUCGGCAACGAAACCUACUCCGACAUGAAAUUCAAGAAGGAAAAGGAGCGACAUAUUUCUGAAAUGGAAGAACUGGAUUCACAAUUCGUUUAUCACAAGGAAUGCUGUAAAUCGAUAGAAGAUGCCUUCAAAACCAAACACCGUCUCUUCCGACGUCUUCACGACUUGGCAGAAGAACUGAAAGGUAGGGUGAAUCAAGUUCAAGCGGACAUUUCUAGGAUAGAAGAUGUGCUCACAACAAAGAGUGAGUUCACCAACCAUCUGGAAGGGGCCGCCACAGAGCUUUCGACAGAAGGAAAUCAGAAAAUCGAAGAGUGUGAGGAAGAAAUUCGGCGAAAGGGCGCCAAACUACAGGAAAUAAAAAAUCAGCUUCAAAAGUGUAAAGAAUCUCACAAGAAACUCUGUGAUUUGUUGAAAAUAAAAAGAAGAGAAGAGACUGUGCUGAAUGAGCGCUUGAAAGCAACAGAAAACAGCGUUAUGGAUAACACCAGACAACUGGUGGCCGCUGAGUUACUUUUAGAAAGGUACAGGAUGGAAUUUGUGAACUAUACAUCCGAAUGCCCGAACGCCAUGGCCCUCAGAUGGGCCAUGCUGAGGCUAUAUGAGAAGAGAGUGGCCAAGACAGCCGUCAAGGAAGAAUCACUGUUCUUUACAGAAACAGACCCCUACGUCCGCUUCUGUAAACAAAGAGACCACUAUGAAAACCUCAUCAAUGUGGUGAGAAGCAGAACCUCUCAAAUAAAAGCCACUUUUAGAGAGAACUUCAUAAAACUUGCCAAGGAAAACUCGGAUUGGAGUUCUUUCGCAGAGGCACUGCGGGCAGACAUUCGGUUGAAGCAGAGCCGGAUCCGUUGUUUGGAGGAAGGUUUGGGGCUGAAGGUGGAAGAAUUCGGCAAAAAUCCUGCUGAGACACAGCGACGACUCUUGGAGACGGCCGAGAAGCUGAGCAGCCUGAAGGAGGAAGAGGACAAGCAAAUCGAGCAGCGGCUCACUCUCAUUCAAGAGCAGCAGGAAGAGAUUUUCCGAUUGCACGGAUUGCUGUCGGUCGAAGAUAAGGGCAAAAUAAUACGCAAAAUGAGAUGA